AUUGCACUUUUAGGACUGACAGAAAUCGGUGGUCUGGCAACAUUGCAACUAUCUAAUCACAAAAAUGGAUCUUGUGGAAAUGUAGUCAAUAAUAUGCAAAUGAAAAUCGUGGAUCCAGAAACUGGUAAAACAAUCAUUGGACCGAAUCAAUCGGGAGAAAUAUGGUUAAAAACUACGAUGAUGAUGAACGGUUAUUAUAAAAAUCCCGAGGCAACAAAAAAUACAAUUGAUGAAGAUGGAUGGUUGCACACAGGUGAUAUUGGUUAUGUAGACGAAGACGGAGAACUGUUCAUUAUCGAUAGGAUAAAAGAACUUAUAAAGUAUAGAGGAUAUCAGAUUUCACCUGGAGAAAUUGAAGGUGUCUUAAUGUCGCAUCCAGCAGUGUUAGAAGCUGCAGUAAUAUCGGUGCCUCAUGCAAUCGAUGAUGAGCAUCCUCUUGCUUUUAUCACUAAAAAACCUGGCGCUAAGGAGACUGAGGAAGAAUUCAUAAAUUUUAUAGCGAAGAAUAUGAUGGAUCACUACAAACUUCGUGGUGGAGUAAUAUUUCUGGAAAAGUUUCCAUAUACAGGU